GAAAAGUUGUUAUAAAUGGCAACAGCUUUGAUACCACCCCAUGUUUAUCUGAUAGAUAUCAACCCUUCCGUUUCAUAACAACUCAAGGCAGUGAUUGUGUAUUUAAGAAAGAAAUGUGCAAUAACGAAGGGCAGGUUGUCUACAACAACGGAUCGGUACAGAGCAACAGAAGAUGCAGAUGUGACCAUACAAAAGGUUAUUCAUUUGUGAAAUCAACGAAAUCACCCAGAAAUGACGUUUGCUCGUGUAAUCCAACAUUUCAAGACUGCUCAUGUUACCUCACAAGGUGUAGGAAAGGUUAUAUUUUGUCACCAGAUUACUACUGUAUAAUGAUUGAUAAAUAUUCUAACCAAAGGUUUCGCUGUAAAGAAGUUCCAGUAGCAAAAAAUGAUUUGCCAGACAGAAUUGAAGAAGUUAUAUUUAAAAGCAAAACCGAAAAACAAAUUAAAGAUUUACCAAAGACAGAAAUACGGAAGGUAUACAUUGGAGCUUUAUCAUGUAUAUUUGUUUUACUUGGAGUAUUUGGAGUAUUUUACUGUUGCAACAGACAAAUAAAAGACAUAAGAUCUCAACCGGAGAAAGUCAUUAGCAACAUAAUUCCAACAGGAACAAAUCAUACAAAAUCCGAUGUCAUAGAAAUGGAUGAAAGUUUGUAUGAAACAAUUGAUGAAAGUAAACUACAUACUGUGCGUAUUCAGACAGUGAACAAUUCAACGCUGGGACUAAAUGAAGAUGUUUACAGCUCAACAGAUGAUGACGAUGAUCGUUCAAGUUAUCUGAAUCCGUAUAACAGUCUUCUUAAAGAACCAUCUGAUUAUCAUACAUAUGAGAAAAUCUAAACACCAAGUUUGUCAACAUCAUAAAGAGAUGCAAUUUACAAAACAACUUAUUAUUUUUCAUGGAAAAUUCAUUAGACAUACUAAAAGUAGUAUAACAAAAUUGCCGAACUCCACGGCAAAUUCAAAAAGGUGAAUUCCUAAAAAACUGACAAAAUCAAAUGUUAUCAACUAACAGAACGACUGUUAUAUUCCUGACUUGGUCGUUCGUUUUCCGACAAAAAAAGUGGGUUAAACCUCCCACUCUGAUGAUAG